UCGUCGACCGGGACAGGUCAGUACCCGGGAUCAAAAGCAGAGGGAAGAUGGUGUGAGUGACGUCAUUUUGGGUUCUUCAACGGUUUCUUUCCGAGUUUUCCUAAUCCCCCCGUCUGAUCUCAUCAAUCUGACCCCCUAAUCUCAUUAACCCAUUUUUCUAAUUGAAAAGCAAACGUGUCAUCGAGCGGCGGCAAGACCCUUUUCCCAAAAGAUCACCUCACUCACCUCACUCGAAUCAAAUCCAAAUACCUACCCUCUCACUAUCCAUCUCUAUCUCUAUCUCUCUGUCCCAUACUUUGACCACCAACCUCGGCAAACAGCAUCAUGACAUUCUUCGACUCGGCCCUCGCGCCGUUCACUAUGAAGGGGUUCUACCUAUUGACGUGGGGAACUUCUCUAGGUGCCAACGUCUGGAACAGCGUGGCCCUCCUGCGAUCUUACAAGACACUCCCGCGACAAAUCUUUGGAACGCUUCAAGCUCGAUUGACCCCUUUAUACUUUUCGUUCCAGACAUUGACCACUUCAACCUUGCUCCUGACGCAUCUAUGGUUCCACCCUGGUCUCAUCUCAUCUCCCCGAGUCCCUCCUCAUUGGACAUCGUGUGAAGAAGGUCAUCAAGGAUUGUUCAUCGUCGGUUCUCUGACCGCAAACUUGAUCAACUGGAUCAUUGUUGGACCAUGGACCACCAGCGUCAUGUUUGAGAGACAUAGAUUGGAGAGAUUGGAGGGCAAGGAGUAUGAUGCUGAAAACCCCUCAGAAGCAAUGACCCGCGUUAACAAGCGAUUCUCGACCCUCCACGGUAUCUCCAGCGCCCUUGACUUCACUGCCACAGCCUGCAUCGUCGGACUCGGUCUCUUCAUCAGCAUGUAAGCGAUGCCCGGGCGAGCGAGCUAGUCAUGAAUAUGGCGCGUGGUGGACGGUAGGCAGGCAUGUAGUGGGCAGCGACCCCGCGCAGAAGACCAAGUAUGAAUGAAUGUAACACUGGU